AUGGCUCCUUGCGCUUGGAUGUGGAAGACGCAGGGCCCGAGCCUGACUUGGAUCCUGCAGCGCAUAGAUGGCAUGGACAAAGGAGAUCGAAGGCAGUGCGCCAGUUGGCGCCGUGCGAGUCGUCUUUCGCUCGAGGCCUACUGCAGCAAUGUCAACAUCGCGGCAGCAUCACGGUCGAGUGCCUGGAGGCUAGCCCUCGCUGCUUUGCGCGAUGCCGCCAAGCCGGAUCUUGUGAGCUUCAACAGCGCGGUUGCGGCUUGCGCCCGAGCCACGAAGUGGCCUCAGGCCCUGCGGCUGCUGGGAAACCUCAAAGCAGCUGCUUUGCAAGCGGACCAGCGCACCUGGACACCCCUGCUGCCGGUGCUGCCUUGGACUCGUGCAUUGCAAGUUUUCGGAGAUCUGGAAGAGCGUUCUCUGCUGGAUCCGCCCCUGCUGGCUGCCGCGCUGGCAUCUUCGGCUCGGGCACACGCCUGGGCUGCAACGCUCCAGCUGCUAAACCAACUGCGUGCUCGGGACGAAGGAGGGCGAGGCUUCGGCUUCGCAGUGGGGCUCAGCGCGGCCAUCCGGAGUCUGGCAAAAGCCUCGCUGUGGCCAGUAAGUCUCGGCCUCGUGCAAGAAUCUCGAGACACGGGGCGUUUGCAACACGAUGUCGUUCUGCUGUCGACCUGCCUCCUUGCUUGCAGAGCUGGGGCAUUGUGGCAGCUUGGGCUCUGCCUGCUUCAAGCUGCAGGCGGCGCGGAGCUUCCAACUGCGGCUGCACACAACUCGGCGAUCAGCGCUUGUGCCGAAAAGUCGCAGUGGCAGGCCGCGCUGCAGCUGCUCGCUGAUGCAGAGCGCCUUGGCAUCCUGGAUGUCACCACCUGCAAUGCUUCGAUCACUGCCUGUGACCGGGGACAUGCCUGGCAGCAUGCCAUGCAAGUCCUGGAAGUUGCAAAAGAGCAGCGUGUACGCACCGAUGCAUUCAGUUCUGCUGCAGCUGUGAGUUCCUGUGCCUCCGCCACGCAGUGGAGCCUGGCGCUGGGCCUCGUCGCCAAAGAGCCUCCAGGCCCCUUUGCUCUGAGCGCGCUCGUCGCUGCUUGUGGCGCCGCACGACGGUGGGAACAUGGCCUGGCAAUUUGGCAAGGAUGGCCCGCCAGAAAGGACCUUGACCACACUUGCCAGAAUGCAGCCCUUCAUCUCUUCGCACCUUUGGGUCGCUGGGUGGCAGCACUGCAGGUGCUUGAUGCCAUGGGCACUCUGGGUACAACGGGCACACUCAGUCUGGAGGCGUGUCAAACAUCAUGCGAGGUCGCUGGGGUGUGGCCUCCAAUACCGCGCCUCCGGGCCCAGGCUGCAGCGAAAGAGGCCAUGCUCUCCAGAUCCGGGGCGAACGACAUCGAAGCAGUUGCAGAGUCGACGAUUCGCUUGCGGCUGGAGCGGCUGGGAAGCUGUCUCGGAAAGUACUUCGGCGGGGGCAGGCAGAGCACUCCCCGGGCAUGCUGGUGUGAAUUAGGGGUUCAAGGAAGAGGAAGCAUUGCUGGUGGAGCCUGCUGCAUCAAGAAAGGCGUUCUUUUUCCCAAGACAACCAGGAAGCUCGCUCUCUUGUUGAUGAGCCGCCAUGAAGAGUCCAUGCGCUGCCGUGGCGGAGGCCGACCCGCUUGCACGGCGGAUGCGGCUGGUUGGAGGUGCGGGCCCACAUUGAUUCAUGAAUGCAUAUGCUUUGGUUGGCACAUUGCUGCAACGAUGCUUCGACGGCAUGUCUUGGUGGUUUUCGGCUGGUUGAUACAGCUCGACCUGUGCAGCGAGGAGGAUUCAGAGGAAGUUUACUGGAACGCUUCGCUGCUGAAAGGUGCCAGGUAUGGUUUCCGAGGCGAUGUCAGAUGCUAUCAUCCUCAUACGUUUGAGGGCACAACUGCGGGCGCAACUACAGGUGAGAAGAUGCUGAAGCGGACCAGCUGGCUUCUUCGGGAUGUUUGCUGUUCGUUUGGCCGGAAUG